AUGUCAGGCCCAGAUUACUGGAGCAGUUACCCACUCAACAGGCUGGACAGCGUGAGGCAAUGGCAACGAGCUCGAAAUUCGGAAACCAUCACGUUGAAACCUUCAGAACCGACGCAGAAAAAUGCGGCCUCUGCUUGGGGAGUGUCUGACGUACCUUCGGACAUCAAGAUGCAACCAGUGGAUUCGGCUUUGCAUGCCGCGAGUCUUACAUCGGCUGGAGACCAAGCGCCUCCAGCCGACUUCCAGAACGAAGACUACGACUGGCCCCAAACACAGGAAGCUAUAAUAGCUCCCCGCGAGGAAAGAUACAGCGAAGAGACAAGAGACGUGGCCCAGACACUAUUCUCGAUAUCGAAUCAAGGGAACUUGCUGCCUCGUGAUCAGCCUCGCUCGGUACCAGCCCCGAUGCAAGGCAAUAUGGCCAACUCCCAGGAUGCCGAGGCUCUUCCAUCUCGGUUUCCAAAGCAUCUGUUCUGGUGA